GACUUUAUGCAUCAGAACAGGGAUCAGAAUAAGGAGGUCAAGGUGCCUGCAAGGAAACAGCGCCAACAAAGCAGCCUUAAACUUAGCUUAUCUCGGGGAAAGGUGGAAGAUUGCAUGUCACCAAUUAAUAUGCCCCCGCGCACUCCUAUUCCUCAAUCGCCUCUUGUUCGAGCCAGGACUUAGCUCGAGCAGCUCCAUCAAAUAUGCAACUGAGGGAAGUAUUAGGCCCUUCCCAUUUUUCAGACUAGGUCUUAGUUUAUUGACAUUGUUAUUAAUUUGUAACUAAGUUGGGGCCAAUGCAUUCUUUCCCGUGGAGAAAACCUGUAUACAAUCCUGUAAAACAUACAGGACUCCAAGGGUUCAUACAUCACCAUUCAUUUACUUCAAUAAAUGUACUAUUUUUGCCUUUCUUCACUAGCAAAUUGCUAGUGAAGAAGGUUUAUUGCUUUUCCUUCAAAAGUGAAUAAAAUGAAGAAUUUAUG